CUGAGCUGCAGUUUGCAGGAGAUCUGAAUGGAAAGGCCUUCAGCAGAUAAACGGUGUGCAGGCAGGCAGGAGUGAAGUGGGACAUGCAGUAAACCUUGCAAGUUGACUGAAGGGGGCAACAUCCUUUAUCAUUCAGGAAGUUAGGCUCUUAGAUGAGCAGAAAGACAUCGCCAAAAUGUUCAGCACCAAAAGACUGAAGAAAAAGUCCCAGUCGGUGGACAUAACCUCCCAAGGAUUUGGCAAUCCAUUGGCAGCCAAUGAUGCAUCAUCACAAACCAGCAAGUCCUCUACUGUUGCCAAGACAACUACAUUAGAGGAGGUGCAGAACAAUGCUGCCAAUACGCAGAGACGCAACACCAGGCGGAGUGAACUCAAGAGAUAUUAUACAAUAGAUACCGGCCAGAAGAAGACCCCAGAGAAGAAGGAUGCACGGCGAAUGUCUUUUCAGAAGCCCAAGGGGACUAUGGAAUACAUGGUCGAAUCGAGGGAUUCUCUGAACAGUAUCUCACUGAAGUUUGACACUACACCCAACGAGCUGGUGCAGCUGAACAAGCUGUUCUCCAGAGCUGUUGUUACAGGCCAGAUUCUGUAUGUGCCUGAUCCUGACUACAUCUCCAGCGUAGAGAGUUCUCCAUCGCUGAGCCCUGUCAGCCCUUUGUCACCAACCUCUUCAGAGACCGAGUUUGAUAAACCUACGGACCUGGAAGGAGGUCACCACAAAGAGUCCACCUCCGCUCCGGCACUCGCCAGCACCCGGCCCGCAAGAGUGGUGUCAUCCACCUCCGAGGAAGAGGAAGCCUUCACUGAGAAAUUCCUCAAGAUCGUGUGCAGAUAUAUUACUGACGGCAAGGGAGCAGUCAGUGGUGUGCUCCUGAUAACCCCAAACAACAUCAUGUUCGACCCCCACAAGAAUGACCCUUUAGUGCAGGAGAAUGGCUGCGAGGAGUACGGCAUCAUGUGUCCAAUGGACGAGGUCGUUUCAGCCGCUCUGUACAGAGAUAUUCAGGACAGUAAAAUCAAAGAAUCUUUACCUCCUGAUCUGGAAUACUCUGCCUCCACCAAGGAUACAUCCCAAUCAAACAAAAGAACAAGAAGCAAUACAGACGAAACAGACUCUAAACUAAGAGAUACAGGGAAUGAUAGCACCAGUACAGCUCCCCGCAGCACAGAGGAGUCCUUGUCUGAAGAUGUCUUCACCGAAUCGGAACUCUCCCCUAUCCAUGAGGAACAUGUUUCAUCUGACGAACUUCGACGCGAAAAAUCAUCAGGCGACUCCUCGGAGUCUGUGCAGACAAUAAACCAGUCUGCUGCAGAGAGCAGUCAGGAUCCCUUGUCUGCUCUGGAAUCAGAUGUGGCUGGACAAGUCAGAGUUGAAAAGCAAUUGGCUCCUGACAGUCUCUCUACAGGUCAUGAACCUGAGAAGUCUCAGUUAGCUGAAGUGAAAGGACAAGGGAGUAAACCUGUUGAAAUGCCCCAAAACAAGAAUGAACAUGAUGAAAAUCUUUAUAGUAGUGCAAGUCAGGGAGGUGAAGAUAAGUGUUCCACACUUCAUGGUGGCUUGGUUAUUGAACAAAAAGUUUCUGAAGCUCAGGAGUUGAACUUACCACACAGUGCAAGUCAGGGCUCAUCUGCCGCAGAAUCCUCAGGCCUGAGUGAGAAAGAGAACAUCGAUCAGACCAAGAAAAUGGGGAAAGAACACCUGCGGGAUUCUGAGAUGGAUGUUGAAGAGCUCCGAAAGCUGUGGAAGAGCCACACUAUGCAACAGACCAAGGAACAAAGGGAAACAAUGCAGCAGGUCGCCAACAACGAAGUAAACCCCAAAACUGGAAAAGUUCCUGAAGGUCCUUUAGAAGCGAAUGUUACAACAAAAGAGAAGAGGCGGCACAGAUCUCACAAAUUCUUAUGCCUGAGGGUUGGCAAGCCCAUGAAGAAGACCUUUGUGUCCCUCGCAAGUGCCUCCAUGCAGCAGUAUGCACAAAGGGAUAAAAAACAUGAGUACUGGUUUGCAGUUCCACAGGAAAGGGCCGAGCAUCUGUAUGUCUUCUUUGUGCAGUGGUCCCCAGACAUGUAUGGGGACGAAACUGGAGAGCUGGUAAAGGAACCUGGAUUUAUGGUCGUGGCGAAGAAUGAGGAGUCUGAAAUGAAUGAGGAAUCCAUAAAUGAAUUGACAGCAAAAGACUGGGAGGUAGUAUCUGUGACUGAGUACCAUCGCAGGAUCGAUGCUCUUAAUGCUGAAGAACUGCGCAAGCUUUGCAGACGUCUUAAGAUAACGACACGAGAAGAUACCAAUGUAAGGCAAAGUACUCCAGUGAAGUCCGAAUUGGAUCCUGAAACAUUUCGUCCAAGUCUGAGUGAAAAGAGUGACCUGCUACAGCCUGAUCAGAUUGAGAAGCUCGCAAAAAAUCUUCCUCCAAGAACUGUUGGGUAUCCAUGGACUCUCAGCUACAGUACAGGAAAACAUGGGAUGAGUCUGAAGACACUGUAUCGUACCAUGACAGACUUUGAUACACCAAUGCUGCUUGUAAUCAAAGACAGCGAUGGCCAGGUUUUUGGUGCACUAGCAUCUGAACCAUUUAAAGUUAGUGACUGUUUUUAUGGCAAUGGAGAAACAUUCCUCUUCACAUUUUGCCCUGAAUUUAAGGUCUUCAAAUGGACAGGAGAUAAUAUGUUCUUCAUAAAAGGAGACAUGGAUUCCUUGGCUUUUGGUGGUGGAGGAGGGGAAUUUGGAUUGUGGUUAGAUGGGGAUCUCUACCAUGGACGCAGUCACUCAUGUAAAACAUUUGACAAUCACAUCCUUUCAAAAAAGGAAGAUUUUUAUGUACAGGACAUUGAAAUAUGGGCUUUUGAGUGAAAAAUGCUUCACAUAAGCACUGAAGAAAUUCAACGUCUCUCAGAUGUAGGGCCCCAAACCUGACCAUGCAUCAGAGCAGCAAAGACAAAUCUAAGCAAAUAAGGCUAAUGCUUUCUUUGGUGCCCUUCCAGUAGAAAAAUCAAACUAAUUCAAAAAACAAAAGAUUGCUAUUACAAAAUAGUUAAUAUUCGGCUGUGUUUAGUUUGCUCUACAAAUGUAAUUUGUUGUUGUUGAAUGGGUCUUGUCAUUGUAACCAAAAUCAAGUAUUAUCACCACCAAAACAAAUGUGCAUAUAUUUUGAGCUUGAGAUAUAAACACCAACCUCCAGACCUGAACAGUCAAUGUAAAGCUAAUUUAUAACAAACCUUGGAACACCAAACUGUAAGAUCUUGAAGUCUGUAAGUAGCAUAUACUAGUUGCAAUUGCACUAACGUGCUGGGGUACUCACAUUGAAGAGAAUUUAAACCUAAUGUAGUUCAGCUCUCUGGAAGAAAAUAUCUUUGUAAUGCUGUUCCUGAUGUUGCUGCUGCAGGUUUGGGACGAGUACUCUCAGCUUUUGGGUUUGAUGACUGAAAACAGCUGGGAUCACUCCACAUCUGCAGGCUAUCUGUAAGGAGUUCAAAGCAUAGGUAUUCCCUAUGUUUUGUUAUUGGAAUACCAACAAAAGAAAUAGAAAUAUUACAACAGAGCUUUGUGUUGCUGUAUGUAUUGCUGGAUAGAUGUCUCAACAGAAUAUUGCAGGUUAUUUUUAAAAAUAAUAGCAAUGUAGCUUCCCACAAAAAGUGAAGCGUAUAACGUAUUUAUUGGUUCUAUUUAUCCUACUGUUAAGCUUCAUAGCACACUAAACCAAGCACAUACUGAAUUACCCAUAGUUGUGCUGUCUGUCAAUGGGUGUACAUUGUGCGUGCAGCUCAGACCAGCUCUACAGAAGAGUAGCAUAGAUACUGUAGAUGGUAGGAUCAUUUCGUAGACGUGUGGAAAAUGCAGAUUACUGUCAUGUGACCUCUGAAACAAUUGACAGGCAAAAUAUACCAAGUGUUCCUGUCUCCUUAGGAAAUGGGUGAAACCCAUUGUGACAACCCUUAGAUCAAAUGAACUAUUUCAGAAUGCAAUGGUUUUCUCUGUAUUUAGUCAUGUCUGAAACUGAUUAAUGUACGUUUUACNAAAAAUAUUCCUGUUCUGGGUGUGACAGUGACUUUCUUCGUGCUGAAAAUCCAGCUGUUCCAGAUGCAUUGUAUAUUAUCCUGUAAAUUAAAGUUUAAAAUGUAGUAGUUCUUCAGGUUUAAAAAAGUGGAUUGAUGGGUUGCUUAUAGCACUUUGAAUUAUGAUAGAAAUGAACACAAAGGCCAGUACAUUUGUUGGGUUUAGUUGCAAGCAGUUUCUGUACAGUACAUUUUGGGUUUAUUUGAGGUUUUGGAUUGUUGGGAGGGAGCUUGCUGCAAUUCAAAAGGCAUAUUAAUGUUCUUUAUUACUAUGUUUAUGCUAAAUGUGAAAAAUACAGAACACCAAUUCUCUCCUUAUUUUUUGCCUAAUGUUCUGUAACCUUGUUAGGAUGUAGCCUGAAUGUUUACAGACUUGAAACGUGAAUUGUAAAUAAAUACAGCAGCUUUUCUUCUCCCUUGGUCUUCCACAGCAGUAUUAUUGUCUUUGUGGAGUUACAGCUACCUAUACAAAUAUUUAAAAUAAUCCUAUAAUGGAUUAAUAAUAUUGCAAUGUAAUGGUGAUGUAUAGUAGAAUAAAUUAUUGAAACCUCA